ACUGCACUCCAGCCUGGGCGACAGAGCAAGACUCUGUCUCAAAAAAAAAAAAUUGUAGAGAUGAAAAAUACAUUAAAUGUCCAUGAUGUUGUAGCAGAAAAGCAAAAAAGAUCUUUGGUGACCUCUGAGAGGGUGUCUAAUAGUGGGGUGGGGCUAGAAGUCAGAAUGUAAUGCAUGGAAGAGGCAUAGAUUGGAAAAAGCUUUGAGUGUGGACCACUUGUUUAGGAAGUUUGGUCAUAAAAGGAAAUUAAGAAAUAAGACAGGGAAGGAGCCACAGUAUCAUCUGGAAGUUUUUCUGAGGAAAGGACAGGGGUACCUGUGGCUUCAUGAUGGCCAAGAAAAGAGAAUCAAUGGAGAGGAACUAAUCCAAGGUGAUGAAGAUGUGGAUAUACCAUCAUGCUGAGGAACCCCUUGACAUGGGGAGAGGAGGUUUUGCAGGGACAGAAAUAGAGACAUCUGUCUCAUUUACCUAUAGUUCAGUUUGUUUCGUUCACAUGUCAUACACCUAGCAGCAAAACACCUUUCCAAAUCUCUGCCUCUAGUGUAAAGAGCCCAGCUGCCCAAGAGGCAGCUGAGUCCUAAGUCUUGGCCCUGAUCUGGAGCAUCAGCUAUGUGCUGUAGUGCGGGUCACUUAGGCUGUAGUCUAAGCCUCAGUUUUCUGAUUAGUGAAAUGGGGUUAACAAUAAUGCCUACUUCAUAGUGUUGCUGUUUGCUGCUCAGCUACUGGUCUGGGGGUGGUGUCUCUGGUGUGUUUUGAGUCUGGGCCAUAUGGUCAAUGAUGUCACAAUGCCCUACUAGAUUUCAGCUUCUCCACUAGGGAGUUGUGGAUCCUUUGGAGCCAAGGACUCGAACAGACAUGCGAGACCUCUACCAACUGAAGGUUUCGUGAGCGCACUCCUUUGCCAAGAUCUUGGUGAAUAGUCUUUCACUGUGCAAUUUUAUCUUAGAAAUUGUUUUACGUUUGAUCAUGAUUGUGCUUGGCUGGAUGUUUUUUGUUGGACUUGCGUGUUACAUGGGCACGUUUCCAGAGUUGAUGCCUCCAACUCUGAAGUGGCAGGAGAGGUGGCCUGUUCAGGAGAGCAAGACACAACUGAGGAGGCGGGCUUUAGGAACCAUGUGGAAGGGAUAUAAAUAUCCCCCAGGAGGGACCCCAGUGGAAGUAAGCAAGGAUGAUCCUGGUGAAGUAAUGCAGCUGUGAAGCUCACCUGACCAGCUGUACAGUUCCUGUUGUUGGUUUCGCAUAAAGUAAUUGCACAUUA